AUGGCCGCUGUGCGGAGCAAUAAUAUGGCUGGCCCAGCCCCGAAGCUGGCUGAUCAUGCUGCCACUGCUGCCCUCUAUGCGACUGACCCCGAACGGCGGCGGGCCGCCGACGAGGCGCUCGAGGCGGGACGUCGUCGCAAUGACUCUGCUCCUCUCCCCGCCGGUCUCACUCUUGCCAAUGCCAGCGCCGCAGCCAGUCUUGCGCAUGCUCGGCAGAAAUCCAUGGAUAUUUGGAAGCCCGAAAGACAACCGCACGCCGAACAGGCCGCUCUUCUCGCCAAAGGCUAUCAAAAGAGACCGGAACCAACUCCUCCACCGAAAAUCAACCCGGACGUAUACAAGGCAGCUCUGUUGGCCGCGCAGGACCGUGGUAUUACGGGCCCAGCUUCCUCCACCGAUGCGCCCAACGGUACUGGGACCGGCCGUGGCGCGCGAGAGACGACUGUGGUGGCUAUACACCCUGGCGCGUUGACCGCGGCCAGCGGCGCUGUCGCCGCCCGUCAGCGUCCCAGAACCGAGUCUGCGCCUGUCAAGCCGGUGUUUAAUCAGGAUGCUGCCUAUGCUCUGACCGCCGCCACUAUAUCUCACCAAGCUAGUCGAACCCCAGAGGAUGUUUUGAACGACCUCGACCCGUCAAUCGAAGCUGCCCGCAUACACCAUAUCGCUAAAUCGAAUGCCCAGUUAUACACGUCUACACCACAAGUGGGGAUUGAAGUGGAAGAGAAAAAGCAUCGGGACACCCUCAGGGCUGCUGCAAUUUCAAUGGCAAAGGACAUGUACGCCACUGCCGCUGCCAAAACCGAGACCGAUGCCGCCGAAACCGCCGGCUCUACUGCUGGCAACCGGCAAUCUCGUCCCCUCUCCCAGUCCCAAUUCUCGUGGGUUUCCGGCGAAGAACAACCUGUGACUCGGCCCGCUCCAAACCUUCAUGAAGCAGCCCAGAAAAUUGCGGCUGAAAAGCUUGCCAAGAUGCAACAAAAUGAAUUGAGCAACCAGAAAACUUACUACGGGUUUGGCCCUCGACCCCGUCCAAGCUUGAGUCGCCGAUUUAAAAGAAGAACGUCAAGCGACGGAGAUGUCUCUGCAAUGGAUUGGGAAAGGUCCGAGAAGAUCAGGAAUCAAAUGUCAUCCUUGCAAAGCCGCCUGCAUGAAGUAGACGAGAAAAAGAACAAAGACAGGUCCAAUUUGAUGGAAAUCGCGCAGAAGAACGUCAACGCCAGAAUACACGACUUGGACGAAAGAGUCUAUGCGCGUACCGGCAAGCCCUCCCCGAGCAUGCAACGUGAAUGGGAGCAAAAGGCACAAGAGCGUGCCGAGGCAGAAAGCAGCGCACGCAUGGCCAACUUUGGACGCAUUUCUGUGGGUGGCCAAAAGUACAUGGAUGAAAAAGAGGUCGAAGCCAUUGCACGAGCUCGCAUUGAACCAACGUUGAACGAAAUUGACGACCAAGUCGAAGAGAAAAGAGCCAGGGAGAUUGAAAACCGACUGGAUCGGGAGAGGACGCAGAGACUGUCACAACUGGGUUUUAUUGGCAAUUCCCAGCCAGUAUCAGCGGAAAAGGAGCACAAGGCCACGCUUGAACAAGAGCGUAUAGAAAGAAAGCGCUCGCGGAAAAGCAGUGAAGGCUUUAUGGCCCGUACAUCGAGAGUCUUUGCCCUCGGGCGAAAACCGACGGUAAAGGAGGGAGGUGAGAAGGAGAACUCAAAGCCAAAGGAGGUAAACGGAACUGCCUUGCAAUCUGAGGACCGACCUGUUACUCCGGUCGAACAACGCGCCGAAACCCCAGAGACUGGCCCUUCUCCGCCUCAAGACUCGGAAAUAGCAGAAACAACUGGUCUUGCCGUACAGCCUCCACGAGACGACGAUGUUGGUGCCUUUAGCAGAUCAGGAACUGAACCCACCGGUCUUGCCGUACAACCUCCGCGAGAUGAUGAUACUGGUGCCUUUGGCGGAUCGGGAACCGAACCCACCGGUCUUGCCGUACAGCCCCCGCGAGAUGACGAUGCUGGCGCCUUCAGCAGAUCAGGAACUGCACCUACUGGUCUUGCCGUACAGCCUCCGCGAGAUGAUGAUGCUGGUGCCUUCAGCAGAUCAGGAACCGCACCCACCGGUCUUGCCGUACAACCUCCGCGAGAUGAUGAUGCUGGUGCCUUUGGCGGAUCGGGAACCGAACCCACUGCCACGAGCCAAGAGUCGCCAGAGUCGCCAAAAUCGCAAUCCAAAUUGAAAUCGUGGUUCAAGUCCAAAGUGAACCGCCGAUCCAGCAAACAACCGGUAGCGGAGGAAACUGGAGGAGGAGCAGAAACUCAAGGCCGAGAUAAUAGUGCUGGUUUCGGAGGAGAGGAUGUCACGGCCGGUGAUGAUGGCUCGCGAGCAGCUCCCUUGUCGUCUAACCCGGUAACGGAACAAGAUAUUGCUCCCAGCGUGCAGUCUGACGACCAGAAUGCUGCCAUUCGACAAUGGAGCGAAUCUACAACUGGAUCACCACAAGAUAAAACCACCGACAGUAACCGCCGCCGAAGUCGACUGCGCACGAGCAUCAUGGGCAUGAUUAGCAGAAAGUCACCCUCUGAGGCCGGCGAGUCCCCCUUGCCCUCACCAACGACUCCGACAGCAGCACCCUCCGGAAAUGUAGGCACUACCGUUCUCGCCCGCCCAGGUGCCGCACGCUUAAACACAAUGGAACGAGGCGAACUCCGCGACAGCUUCACUGAAGACUCUUUACCACCGCCGUCACAUCUAUUCGCCAGUCCCGAACGAGGCAGCGUGAGUUCGGCUCGAGAUUCCAAGUUUUCCGAGGAUAUUUGA